UGGAAGGUGACAGUCUGGAUUUUAAACAAAUGAAAUCCACAAUUUUCCCUGAAGAACGCAGACCUCUGAAAAACUAGAGAAAAGAUUUUCACAUAAAAAAAAGAAAAGAGAGAAAAAUGUCAUCUUCUACCUCCUUCGGUGCCCUUCUCCUCCAUGGCCGCCUCCAUUCCCCUUCCCUUCCGUCAAAGGCGCAACUUUUCCUAGCUCUCCCCAACAACCCUACCCGAUUCCGGACCUCCGCCUCCGUCCGGGUCGACGCCUAUCCUCCCCGGUGGCCUCUCCGCGCCGCCGACGGGGAGCGGGACAAUCGCGUGCAGGAGCUGAGGGUGCCCGAUUCUUGGCUGACGCCUGCAGGAGCAGCGCAGGAAUCUGAAUGGCUGAGGGAGACACUACACAAGUGGCUUGACGACGAGUACUGCCCGGAGCCGGCCAACGUGGACAUCAGCAGCACCGCCGCGGGGUCGUACCACGAGUCCCUGAUAGCGGGGCAGUCUGACCUGGGAGAGAUCUUGCUGAAGAUGGUGGGCGACCUGGAUAAGCUGUCGUACAGGGAGAGCUUCCAUGGCCCCUUCUCGGCCGCCAAUGCCGCGGUUCGUUUGAUCAGUCAGAGGAUGGAGUCACUGUCUCUGCCUGAUGAAUGAUGGUACCAUGGUGGUGUGUGAGCUGCAGUUUCUACAUGACAGGGCACAUCCAGUGCGACUGUUCAUGGAUGUCGUCGACAGGAAAUGGUGAAAAUAGGCUCGAGACUUCGUGUUUUCUCUGUUGGAAUUCGACAAUGUACCAUUCUGCUAUCAGCUUGUGAAUUCGCAGAUGAAACGAGCGAUGAAACGUGAACGUGAUGGGUGGACAGUGGGACUUAAGGGAGUGCGUAGCCUUUUCUGAAGUUGUUUUGGGUGUGAGUUCGCAGUUGACGUUCAAUUCUGGUGUAUGGAAACUAAUCGUUUCGGGGGUCAUAUUUAGGCCUUGUUUACUUCCAAAAUUUUUUGCAAAAUA